GCGGCAGCAUCCUCCCCUUCGCUUCUUGCUGCCCAGCUAAUUUGUUGUUUGUUCUUUUCAGUACUCUAUUUGUGUAUUUCCAUUUCAGCACAUCUCGCACUCCAUUAUUUUUUCCAACACACGCCAUGAGUCAGAGCCGUAUGCGUUUGCCGCCGUCGCUUGCCGGGGCGUACAGGGUUACCCGUGAUAUCGGCCAGGGCGCCUACGGUCUUGUCUGCGAGGCCGAACACAUUGAGACUGGCCAGCGCGUGGCCAUCAAGAAGGUGUCCCGUGUGGGCGAGCGGGACGUGCUGGCGAAGCGGUCGCUGCGCGAGAUCAAGCUGAUGCGGCACUUUAGCGGGCACGAGAACAUCAUCUCGCUGCUGGACAUCGACGUGGCCAACACGCCCGAGUUCAACGAGAUCUACCUGAUCCAGGAGCUCAUGGAGGCCGACCUCCAGCUGAUUAUCAGAUCUGGCCAGCCGCUGUCGGACCCGCACUUUCAGUACUUUUUGUUCCAGCUCUGCCGUGGCCUAAAGUACAUCCACUCUGCAGGCGUGCUGCACCGCGACCUGAAGCCCAGCAACCUGCUGGUGAAUGCCAACUGUGCCCUGCGCAUCUGCGACUUUGGCUUGGCACGCGGACUGGCUGAGACCCCCGAGGGCAACGCUGGGUUCAUGACCGAGUAUGUCGCGACGCGCUGGUACCGCGCCCCCGAGAUCAUGCUGUCGUUCCUGUCGUACACCAAGGCCAUCGAUAUCUGGUCCGUCGGGUGCAUCUUUGCCGAGUUGCUCGGCGGCAGGCCCCUGUUCAAGGGCCGCGACUAUGUCGACCAGCUCAACCAGAUCCUGCAUAUUCUGGGCACGCCCGCUGACGAGACCCUGAGCCGCAUCGGCAGCGACCGCGCGCAAAUGUACAUCCGCUCGCUCCCGUAUAUGCCCAAGGUCCAGUUCUCGACCCUGUUCCCCGAGGCCACGCCGCUGGCGCUUGAUCUGCUCGAGCGUCUGCUGGAUUUCGACCCCAGCACGCGCAUCACCGUCGAGGAGAUCCUGGCCCACCCGUAUCUGGCCGCCUACCACAAUGUCGAGGAUGAGCCCUCGUGCCCUGUCCCUUGCGACAUGUCGUUCGAGGCCGUCACGGCCAUGCCCCAGGUCAAGCGCAUGAUUAUUGACGAGGUCAUUGAUUUCAAGCGCUCAGCAGAGCAGGCUGCCCAUGAGGACGAGGAGAUCGCUGACGACGGCAACAUCCAGCAGUACUAUGAGCAAGAUGCCGACAUGGCCACCAGCGCGAUCCCCGAGGGCGCCGGUGCAUUUGCAGCUGCUCGCGAGUUCCGCGACGCGAACUAUGGCCAGGGUGGAUAUGAGGACGAUGGUGAGCUUGGUAUGGCUGCGGUGCAUGGACAGAGCGCGGAUGGAACGUCGCAGAUGGCCGACCAGGAUGCGCGCGCUCUGGAGCGUGAGCUGGCAGGCGAGAGUAUGGCCUACUAGUGUAUGCACCGCCCUGCGUAUUUAAUAUUUCCUCUCGCUACUCUAACCAGUACAUAUGACUACAUGGUGUUGACACGGCUAAUAAAAAGAAUAGCACAACUGCAUCAGUAGCAAGAGAAUUGCAAAGACAUGCUGAUAUUUUACAUAAAGAUAGAACGAU